GAAACGAUAAUUACUGUCGAGCUAACCAGGUUCAAAAGAUUAUCACAAUAUUGUUUAUAUAAUUCUUCAUUAAACUGUAUCGGAUAUAACAUAUAGAUUAAUAUUGUGGGAUUAAUUCAAUUUGAAAGUGAUAAUUUACUGAAUAAUGAUUUUUUUUCUGUUAACUUUUCAUUAUAUAUUUGCAGUUGUUGCUUUUGAAGAUUUCAUUAUAAACAACGAAAAAUGUAAAAUGCCGAAUUUUCCCGCAUUUUCCGAAGAAACGAAUCUCAUUUACAAAUAUUUGCCGUACAUAAAUUGCACUGAUCUGGAUCUACUUACUUACACCAAUGUAGUCAAUAAUACAGCAUAUUUACACAUCAAAAACGAAUACCUCGAUAGAUAUUAUGCGCAAACUGACACUGUCGAUUGCUGUUAUAGUUACGUUAAAAGACAUGGAGCCGCAGAAUAUCCCGAUGUUGGUUUCAAAGUAUCAGAUUGUCAUUCGUUCAAUUCGACUGUGAAACUUGUUAACGAUACCGUAUGGGUAAAAUGUUAUUUGGGUGCUGAUAAAAUAUACGAAAACGUCCACACGACUGUAAUCGUCACAGAAGAAGUGAAAAAUCGAUUUCAAUAUCAAAGAGAACGGAAGAAAAAACCUUUGAGUGUUUUGUUUAUUGUUAUAGACAGUGUAGCACGAUUGAAUUUCGAAAGGACUAUGCCGCUUACAAAAAACUUUAUCCUCGAAAAUAAUUUCACUGAAUUUUUGGGGUAUAAUAAAAUUGAUGAUAAUACAUUUCCUAAUUUUAAUGCUUUAUUAACAGGUUUGAACUUGAAACAAUCGAAUAAGAUCUGUCAACCGAAAUUGGUGGGAAUGUUGGAUAAAUGCCCGAUGAUAUGGUACGAUUUUCGAAACGCGGGUUACGCAACGGCUUACGCCGAAGAUUGGACGGAUAUUUCCACGUUCAAUUAUCUUAAAAAAGGUUUCAAAGAUCCUCCCACCGAUUAUUAUUUCAAAACUUACAUGGAAGCUUCGAAAACGAUAAGUACUCAACUCGUCGAUACGAUGCCUUUUUGUGCGGGACCCGAAUCACAAGGCGAACGAAUACUGAAAGUAGCGAAAGAUUUCGCGCUAGCUUUCAAGAACAAUCCUAGUUUCGGAAUCUUUUGGAUGAACACCUUCAGUCACAACUUUAUAAACUCGCCUUCGCGCAUGGAUAAAAUUUUCAAAGUAUUUUUCGAGGAACUAGGAAAUUUCGGCAUUUUAAACGACAGUAUGGUGGUACUACUAGCUGAUCACGGUAUAAGAUUCGGCGAUAUACGUCAAACUAUACAGGGGUGGUACGAAGAACGAUUACCGAUGAAUUUUAUAUCGAUUCCGACGUGGUUUCAACGACAACACCCGGAUAAAUACGAAAAUUUUAAACAAAAUUCGAAAAAACUAACUAGUACUUACGACUUAUACGUAACUUUACAAGACGUACUAUCUUCAUCGGUGGAAAAUUAUACGGUAACCGGUAGUAGAGUUUGCGCGAAUUGUACGAGCUUAUUUUCGAAAAUACCCGAGAAACGAUCGUGUUCGGAGGCCGGUAUACCGGAAAAAUGGUGCGCAUGCGUGGGAAAAUUCGUAACGAAUCACGAGUAUCUAACGCCGGAAAUAAAAAAAUCGGCGAUCGCUUUUAUCGUCGAAUCGAACGUAAUCGAUACUCCCGGUAGAAGCGUCAAUCGAAUUUUAUCGUCCAGUAUUACUCAGUAUCGGAAAAAGGUUUAUUUGAAAUUUAUUUUGGAAGCGGACGAUAAUAGUGUUUAUUUAGUAACGGUUAAGGCGACUGCGCAUCCGAUUAGAUUCACGGAAAUCGUUCAUUCGGUACUGUUGCAAAAACCGAUUCGUUUUAUAGGUUAGGAAAUCGGUGACGUAUGAGAUAAGACUGACUAUAAGGACAAUAAAAUACGAAAUCUUUGUUAAAAAUAUAUUUUCCGUUGUUUUUAUAAUGAAAAAUAAAAAUUUUUCUUACGAUUA